CAGCUCGCCGGAUCGCGACCGCCUGGUGAAGAUCCUGGCGCUGAGCAGGAGCAAUAGCGCGGUGUCGUCGCGAACGUCGGCAUCGCAGCAGCAGCCGCGAAUUCGCAAGCAGCAGAGUGGGGAUCUGUUCCUGGCGCGGUCGAGAUCCGGGGCCGAGACUGCGUUGCAGGGGCUCCGAUACAUCAGCCGCGCGAUCGAGAGCACGGACCAAAAGGCGGUGUGGGAGACGGUGGAGAUGAGGUUUCAACAGCUCGCCAAGCCGGAUGGGAUGCUCGAUCGUGGCGAUUUUGGCCUGUGCAUUGGGAUGCCAGACUCGAGGGAAUUCACUGGCGAGCUUUUCGACGCGCUUGCACGGAGGAAGCACCAAAACCUCCAGUGCAUUAACAAAGAGGAGCUCUACGAGUUUUGGUUGCAGCUAUCGGACCAAAGCUUCGACUCCAGGAUCCAAAUCUUUUUCGAUAUGUGUGACAAGGACGCAGAUGGACGUAUCACCGAGGAAGAAGUGAAAGAGAUUAUUAUUCUCAGCGCUUCGGCCAACAAGCUAUCAAAGCUCAACGAGCAAGCCGAGGAAUAUGCGGCCCUCAUCAUGGAAGAGCUGGAUCCUAGCGGAAUCGGCUACAUUGAACUCUGGCAGCUCGAGAGUUUGAUGCUGGGACAAUUCGCAUCACUAGCACAAGAUGGUUAUCUCAAUUACAGCCAAACUUGGAGCCAGACUCUGGCAUUUGAACAAUCCGGGAAGAUCAUACUCUGGGCUAGGAAGAUCAAAUACUUCGUCAUCGAGAACUGGCAGCGUGUCUGGGUGGUGGGCUUGUGGAUCUUUGCAAUGUGUGGGCUUUUUCUCUGGAAGUUCUUCGCAUACAAGCAAACCUCGGCUUUCAAGCUUCUCGGCUACUGCCUUUGCUCGGCCAAAGGAGCCGCCGAGACACUCAAGCUCAACAUGGCUUUGGUUCUCCUCCCGGUUUGCAGGAACACCAUCACUUGGCUUCGCUCCACGAUCGUGGGAAGUGUUGUUCCAUUCGAUGACAGUCUAAACUUCCACAAGAUAAUUGCAGGAGCCAUCGUUGCGGGGGUUGGAAUCCACGCGACGGUUCACCUCGCGUGUGAUUUUCCCAGGAUCAUUCGGGCGAGCGAGGAAGAGUUUAUGAUCUAUCUCGGGCGAGGGUUCCACUACAAGCAGCCAACUUACGUGGGGAUCUUGGUUUCUAUAGAGGGUGUUACAGGGAUUAGCAUGGUGAUUAUGAUGAGCAUCGCGUUCGUGCUGGCAACGAGAUGGUUUCGUAGGAAUCUCGUGAGGCUCCCUUGGCCCUUGCACAGGUUGACGGGGUUUAACGCAUUUUGGUACUCCCACCACCUUUUCAUGGUGGUUUACGUGCUUUUGCUGCUUCACUCCAUCUUCUUAUUUCUCACAAACGACUGGGUGGCGAAAUCAACAUGGAUGUAUCUCUCUGUGCCAGUGCUUCUUUACUCAGUGGAGAGGAUCCUCUCAGCAUUUCGAGCUAGACAUUUCACAGUACAAGUUGUCAAGGCUGCUAUUCAUCCUGGAAAUGUUCUUGCCUUGAAGAUGACAAAGCCACCUACGUUCAAGUAUAAAAGUGGCAUGUAUCUAUUUAUCAAAUGUAUAUCCAUCUCUCCUUUUGAAUGGCAUCCAUUUUCUAUUACCUCCGCUCCUAGUGACAGGCAUUUAACUGUGCAUAUACGAACUGUGGGGGACUGGACGGAGGAGCUUAGAAGAAUUUUCUCCAAUGCACUUGAAGGUCUUGCAGAGAAAGAAAAUGUUCUGGAGAGUGAGAGCAGCGACAUUAGCAUCAUAAGACACAGAUUCCCAAAGCUGCUAAUCGAUGGACCUUAUGGAGCUCCAGCCCAAGAUUAUCAGAAAUAUGAUGUUUUAUUGCUCGUUGGAAUUGGAAUUGGAGCAACGCCUUUCAUCAGCGUUCUCAAAGACAUGCAAACCAAAUAAAAGUGGCAGAUCAACAACAGGUAUUAUAUCUUCAUACCUAUUAUUAUUUAUAUAUUAUUAUUGUUUUGCCAGUUCUUGUCGAUGAAGCAGAUUCGAAGCCCCAGGAAACGAAGUGAAAGAAAGCUGCAAUGUCCCACGAAUGCAUAUUUCUACUGGGUCACUCGAGAGCAAGGCUCGUUCGAGUGGUUUAGAGGAGUGUUAAACGAAGUUGCCGAGAUUGACAACAAGGCAGUGAUUGAGAUGCAUAACUAUCUCACCAGCGUUUAUGAAGAAGGCGAUGCUCGCUCAGCUCUCAUCACAAUGAUGCAAGCUUUUCAUCACGCAAAGAAUGGUGUUGACAUUGUCUCGGGAACAAGAGUUAGAACUCACUUUGCUCGACCCAAAUGGUAUAAAGUAUUUUCCAAGCUUGCCAACAUUCAUACAAACUCAAGAAUAGGUGUUUUCUAUUGUGGACCUAUGGUUUUAGCUAGGGAGCUUGAUGCAUUAUCAAGUGAAUUUAACCAAAUAUCCAACUCAAAAUUUGAGUUUCACAAGGAAAAUUUUUAA